AUGAUCCAAACGAACACAGAAGAGCAUCCAGAUUGGUUUUAUAAACAACAAAUAAAAAGGAAAGCUCGAGAUAAUCUUUAUAAUAAUGGCAAUAAUAAUUAUGCUAAUGGAAAUGUAAAAGGAGAGAAUGUAAAUAACAACAAUAUUAUUGAUUAUGAUUAUGAUUUUGAUGAUAUACCAACAACCUCGGAUUUGCACAAAAUGAGUAUAAACGUACCUGAAAAAACGAUCCUAGCAACAUAUAAAGAAUACUAUUCAAUAACAAGAGAUUUAUUGAAAUUAAUCUAUGACAAGAAUAAUUUAAAAAAUUCAAAGAUAUUAGAGUUGGAAAAUGAAAGCACGUCAUCAUCCUACUCACCACCAGAACCAGAACUAUCAGUUUCGUCAUCUUUUUAUUCACCACCAGAACAGUCAACAUUAACAUCAUCUUCCAUUAACAAAACACUCGAUGGAAAAGACGUCUUUGUGCUGAUGCCAACUGGCAGAGGGAAAAGUUUAUGUCACCAAUUGCCCGCAAUGGUAGAAACUGGAAAAGCAAAAGGGAUAACGAUUGUAAUUUCCCCAUUGCUUUCGCUAAUUAUAGAUCAAGUUUAUAAUUUGAACAGGCAUGAUAUAUCGACCUUAUGUUUGUAUGGUGAACAAGAAGCUAAUCAAAGACAAAAUGUAUUUACUGAAUUUGAAAAAUAUAUACCAAGUUGCAAAAUUUUUUAUUUAACUCCUGAGAUGUUAAAUAGAAGUACUGCAAUAAAAAGGUUGUACGAUAGACAACAAUUGGCAAGAUUCAUUAUUGAUGAGGCUCAUUGUGUUAGCCAACGGGGUCUUUGUCCCAAAGAUAGUAGUAAUAAGGUGUUGGCAAAUCUUGUAAAACUCAUUCAAAGUCAUAGAGGCAGGUUGGAUGUUAUUUAUUGCACAGUUAAAAUCAAAUGUGAAAACAUUGCAAAAUACCUGCAACAAUCAAGAAUCUCCACCAAGUAUUACCAUUCAGGUUUAGACAAGGCAGAUAGAAUAAAUGUGCAAAAUGAAUGGCAACCCGGCAAGCUUGCAGGUUGUCAUUGCAACCACUGCCUUCGGAAUGGGAAUCGACAAACCCAAUGUAAGGUUUGUGAUUCAUUACUUGCUACCACAAUCCCUAGAAGGAUGAUAGAUGGCGGAGAUGGAACUGAAAUGCAAAAACAACAACAGCUCUUAAAUUUAUUUUCAAUGAUGAAGUCUUGUGAAAAUAAUAUUGAUUGUAGAAGGCAGCAAUUGUUAGGUUAUUUUGCAGAAAACUUCAAUCCAGCAGAAUGCCAACAAACGUGCAAUAAUUGUCGAGAGCUUAUAAAUCAUCAAGUUGUGGAAACAGAUUAUUCAUAUGUAGCAAAAAGAUUAUCGAAUAAUACUAAACCAACUAAAGAAUUGAUGAUAAAAAAAAUAUCACCCAAACUUUCUAAAACUACUUGGCGCUUUUCAGCAACAGAAUAUGAAGAACGUUUGACUUUUGACAUUGCUGUGGGAAAAAUGAAUUAG